CAAAAAAAAAAAAAUUCGAACAAAGUGAUCAUCGCAACAAAAACAUUUUCAACUCAAAAAAGAAAAAAUGUUUUUACAAAAGUGAGACGCGCUAUGCAAAUAUGAAUCCAAGUUAUAUUUGUGUGCCAUAAAGUGCAAAGGAGGAGUGUUUUGUUUGUAUUAGAGUGUAGGUGGCAAAAACGAAACGAAGUGAAUUAUAAUUUCUAGCCAAAAAAAUUAUUAUCAAAAUGCAAAUGAAUUCUUCUUCCUCUCGAGAUUCUUUAGCUAGUUUCUUCGUUGUUCUUGUUGUCGUGGGCUUCUGUUUCUUGUUUUCCAAUGGAGAGGAGACCGUUUCCGUAGUUAGAUAAGCAACAAAAAAGAAAAAAAUAUUGUAACAAAAAAAAAUUAAGAAUUAAAUCAUCUCAAGAGUAUUUUUUUGCGUUCGUAAAUGUCUUCUUCUUCCGUCGUCGUUGUUUGUUGUUGUUUUUUUUCUUGUGGCAGCUUUGUCUUCUUCGUGAUAAAUAAACUAAUUGAAUGAAAAAUACAAUUCUUACGUGUCUCUGAAUGUUACGCAUAAUAAAAUUAACAAAAAUCCAUCAAAACAAAAAUUAUAUUUCUUCUUCUUAAGUCGUUGCCGUCGUCCGUUGUUGUCGCACAUUUUUAUUAUCGUGAGCUUCCCCCUAAUUCAAUAGAUACAGAAUUUUUUGUUUUCGACAUAGACCAAUUUUUUUAAAACAAAAACAAAAAAAAGAUUCAAGACCUUGGCUUUGGGACUUGCUUCUUUCAAAAUAACAAACAAAUACUUACUCAUUCAUCGAGACAAUCUUUCAAAUACAAUCAAAAGAAACGAAAAAGAACUAAAUUGAUAGCCGGUUGAUGGUUGGGGGAAAAAGGAAACCUCUUUUGUGCAUUUUUUGAGUAUCGUAUCAAUUCUGUGCACUUUUAAGGCUUUUUGCAUUAAAAGAAGGAAGAACAAACAGCUGCUGCAAAAGUUUCUCGCAUUACCAAAAAAAACAAAUAGAAAACUAACAAAAUGGAUUGGAUUAUUAACGAUGAAUUGGGACUAACAGUAGGUCACUUGGUCGGAUGGGCUGCUGCUUCGGCUAUGGUUGUUGGUGGUGUUAUUCCAUAUGUGCCACAGUAUCGGGAAAUUAAGAAAACACAAGACGCUGAUGGCUUUUCAUUGCAUGUUUGUUUUGCACUGUUAAUUGCAAAUUCCUUAAGGAUUCUAUUUUGGUUUUCCAAACGUUAUGAGCUUCCUCUUCUUGUCCAGAGUGUUGUAAUGAAUAUCACAAUGUUCCUUAUGAUUCAUCUUUGUGUCAAAGUGAAACGAAACAAUGCCAAUCCAGCGAUACGAGAACGUGAAUUUGGAGGUGAUGACCACUGUGAUCUUCAUCUGCCAAAGGUGAUUGGAGAUACUGAUCCUGGUGCUGGUGCCUCUUCUUCGUCUCCUGAUGCAUUAAAACGUAGUCGCUCAAGACAUUAUCUAAGCGAUCUCGACAUGAAGUACUUUUGGGCAUGGACAGAUUUCCAAUCAUAUUUGGAUUUUAUGUUAGUUGUUUGGGCUGUUGGUGCAGCAAUAACAUAUCUUAUGUUGUCAAUUGAUUGGUUCAUGGAGACCGUUGGUUUCUUUGCCGUAUUUACCGAGGCUAUGUUAGGAGCCCCUCAGUUCUUAAGAAAUUUUAAAAAUAAAUCAACAUAUGGAAUGAGCAUACAUAUGGUAGUGAUGUGGACGCUUGGUGAUAUGUUUAAGACUGUUUAUUUUAUUUUAAGAAAAGCACCAAACCAAUUUUGGAUAUGUGGUACAUUGCAGGUCAGUUUGGACAUUGCCAUUCUUCUGCAAGUUCACAUUUACCGAAAAAAUUCACAACCACGCAGCGUUCACCGUGGUGAUUAGCAGUUUGCCCCCGAUGAACAACAACAACAAACACAACAACAACAAAAUCAUCCCCAACUUCAAUCCAAUCAAAAAUCCAUACCUAACGCAAUAACUAGUGGUGAUGAUCAUCUACUGGCCUCACAUACUGACGUUCGACAUCUAAACGAUUACGAUAACAGAGCCUUCCAGCACACAAUCACCGGUAACAAUAACAACAAUAACUGCGUUGGUCUCAAGUCCACAGCAGCUGAUUCUGCCAUCUCAAUUCCAGAUCCAGAUGAUCUCAAUGCAAUCUACGUAGCAGAGCGUACAUGUCGCCAUCAUCGCAACAAACGCCAACGACACAAUGCCACCCAAACCCCCGACCUGGGCUAUCCCAGUUGGAAACGACAUCACACCGGCAUGGAAUGCUGUGCGAGCAGUUGUUGUUGCUAUUGUUGCCACUGCCAUUGUCAUCCGCACCAUCAUUGUCAUGGGGCCACCACCGCAAUCCUUCCUCACAAUCAAAGACAGAAAAAACGAUUAACAGCGGCAAAGAGACUUCCAGAACUGCCAUCGAGCAAACACCAAAAGCUCGCACCAGAGUCUUCCCAAUCUUUGUCCAGUCCCGACGAUAGAGAGUGCGACCAUCAUAAGCAUCGACAUCGCCACCCACAGCGACGACAUCACAAUCAAUGCAGACUUCCAGAAAAAAUUCCCACUGGUGGAACAAUUGCCAUUGAAAUCGAUGCUGCCACACUCACCGAUGACAUCAGCUAUUGCAGCAGCAUAAGCAACAAUUCAUUUGCCAUUGCCAUAGCCAAUGAAACGACCAACAGCAAGGACAUUCUUGUCCAUUGCAGCGGUGACAAUCAUCACCCCUACGAGGAGCAACAUCAUCGUCGACGAAAAAGUCGACCCCGUAACCAUCACUGUGUGCAAUCUAGUCAUAUUGACUCCGUUUGUUCCACCACAUCCACAACGGAAGAUGAAGUCAUUAUUGUCCAGCGAAAGUGUAAGCGUGGCAACAACAAAUUCAUUCCGCGGCAGGACACCCUCGACGGUGCCGCCGAUGUCGAAGAGGAUGACGACGAAGGGAAGCUGACGACUAGGACGAGAGUGUGCUGCGAUCCCAACUGCUGCACACUCAACGAAAAUGUAAAAAUAAAACGCAAAAAAUUCACCAACCGUAACUACUGUAGUAGUUGCAGCAAGUGUAGUAGUUGUAGUUGUUGUCAGCAAGAACUGGAUGGUCAGCUGCAUAAGGCAUGCAGCUUUAGUAGCAGUCUCAGUCACAUGGAGGACGAUGGCGGCGUCGAAGGUGACGAUGAAGUUUGUUCGCGAUGCGAUGCCAAAGGCGACGACAGUGAUGCCGCUGCCGAUAGUAGUCAACAGAGUGCUGAAAGCUUCUGUUCAUGCAACUCGACCAGUCGCUGUUACUGCAGUUGCAGUUGUGACGAAAGUGAUACAAUUCGCAAAGAAUCUAGCACAACAACUCCGGCUACAAUGUCGGAUGUCUCGACGCCAGUCGAGGUGCCAUUCGGCGCUGGCGCCAGCGUCAACUUUGCCGAAGACGCCUUCAGCAUGGCUGGCAAAUCGUCGGUGUCGCAAUCCGAAUACUUCUCGCUGUCCUCGGACAAGCCGCCAUCACACAGUGUGGCCUCGUCACCGGCGUCGCCACCAGACUCAGUGAUGCCCAGCCCACCGGCAUUUCCUCGCAAGCAUUGCAAACAUUACAGCAAGCACCAUCGGCACAAGAGUGACGGAAACUUUGACACGGUCUUAUGACGAAGUGUUUCGCUGG